AUGCAGGCUACAAAUGAGUUGAAUGUGUUGAGGGAUAGAAUGCAGAUGAUACUACUUGUGGCAUUGCUGUCGCUGCUUUCAGUGGCCGCGGGGUCAGCAUUUAAUUCCAAUUGCGGUCAACAAGAUAUUGUCUUCUUGAUCGACUCUUCCGGCAGCAUCUCGAAAGCAAACUUUGAUGCCAUGAAAGAAUUUAUCAUUGCUUUGAUGGAAAGGAUUGGUGGAUACGGCGACAAUGGAAUCAGGGUCGCUGUCGUCGUGUUUGCCAAAUAUACUAACCUCAAGACAGAAUUUGGACUUGACGAGUACAAUACCAUGCAGGAAGUCAUUGAUGCCAUACGUGCCAUAGCUCAGUUCUCUCCAGGACAGACGACCCAUCUCUACCAUGCCAUUGCGACAUCUCUUCCUGAACUUAUGGAAAAGAAGCGAGACGGAGCACAAGUCAUAUUGAUCAUACUCACUGACGGGAAGGCGAAAGAUCAAUUUGUCCUAAGCGGCCAGUUCUUCGAUAGUGCCUUUGAGGAAAUUGGCAGUAAUAAUGCCAAAGUCUUACCAGUUGGUAUAUCAGACAAUCUGGAUAAGGAGCAGCUGAAGCUCCUAGCCGGCCCAAACAGCGUGAUAUAUGCUGAAGACUACAACUUGCUGUUGAGUCACCUCUCUGAACUGGCUAGUCAGACUUGUCCUCCAACACAGACAACGACAUCUACGUCUCCUACUACAUCUACAACACCGCCACAGACGACUACUGUAACAACGACGUCUCCUACUACAUCUCCACCAUCCAAUUGCGGUCAACAAGAUAUUGUCUUCUUGAUCGACUCUUCCGGCAGCAUCUCGAAAGCAAACUUUGAUGCCAUGAAAGAAUUUAUCAUUGCUUUGAUGGAAAGGAUUGGUGGAUACGGCGACAAUGGAAUCAGGGUCGCUGUCGUCGUGUUUGCCAAAUAUACUAACCUCAAGACAGAAUUUGGACUUGACGAGUACAAUACCAUGCAGGAAGUCAUUGAUGCCAUACGUGCCAUAGCUCAGUUCUCUCCAGGACAGACGACCCAUCUCUACCAUGCCAUUGCGACAUCUCUUCCUGAACUUAUGGAAAAGAAGCGAGACGGAGCACAAGUCAUAUUGAUCAUACUCACUGACGGGAAGGCGAAAGAUCAAUUUGUCCUAAGCGGCCAGUUCUUCGAUAGUGCCUUUGAGGAAAUUGGCAGUAAUAAUGCCAAAGUCUUACCAGUUGGUAUAUCAGACAAUCUGGAUAAGGAGCAGCUGAAGCUCCUAGCCGGCCCAAACAGCGUGAUAUAUGCUGAAGACUACAACUUGCUGUUGAGUCACCUCUCUGAACUGGCUAGUCAGACUUGUCCUCCAACACAGACAACGACAUCUACGUCUCCUACUACAUCUACAACACCGCCACAGACGACUACUGUAACAACGACGUCUCCUACUACAUCUCCACCAUCCAAUUGCGGUCAACAAGAUAUUGUCUUCUUGAUCGACUCUUCCGGCAGCAUCUCGAAAGCAAACUUUGAUGCCAUGAAAGAAUUUAUCAUUGCUUUGAUGGAAAGGAUUGGUGGAUACGGCGACAAUGGAAUCAGGGUCGCUGUCGUCGUGUUUGCCAAAUAUACUAACCUCAAGACAGAAUUUGGACUUGACGAGUACAAUACCAUGCAGGAAGUCAUUGAUGCCAUACGUGCCAUAGCUCAGUUCUCUCCAGGACAGACGACCCAUCUCUACCAUGCCAUUGCGACAUCUCUUCCUGAACUUAUGGAAAAGAAGCGAGACGGAGCACAAGUCAUAUUGAUCAUACUCACUGACGGGAAGGCGAAAGAUCAAUUUGUCCUAAGCGGCCAGUUCUUCGAUAGUGCCUUUGAGGAAAUUGGCAGUAAUAAUGCCAAAGUCUUACCAGUUGGUAUAUCAGACAAUCUGGAUAAGGAGCAGCUGAAGCUCCUAGCCGGCCCAAACAGCGUGAUAUAUGCUGAAGACUACAACUUGCUGUUGAGUCACCUCUCUGAACUGGCUAGUCAGACUUGUCCUCCAACACAGACAACGACAUCUACGUCUCCUACUACAUCUACAACACCGCCACAGACGACUACUGUAACAACGACGUCUCCUACUACAUCUCCACCAUCCAAUUGCGGUCAACAAGAUAUUGUCUUCUUGAUCGACUCUUCCGGCAGCAUCUCGAAAGCAAACUUUGAUGCCAUGAAAGAAUUUAUCAUUGCUUUGAUGGAAAGGAUUGGUGGAUACGGCGACAAUGGAAUCAGGGUCGCUGUCGUCGUGUUUGCCAAAUAUACUAACCUCAAGACAGAAUUUGGACUUGACGAGUACAAUACCAUGCAGGAAGUCAUUGAUGCCAUACGUGCCAUAGCUCAGUUCUCUCCAGGACAGACGACCCAUCUCUACCAUGCCAUUGCGACAUCUCUUCCUGAACUUAUGGAAAAGAAGCGAGACGGAGCACAAGUCAUAUUGAUCAUACUCACUGACGGGAAGGCGAAAGAUCAAUUUGUCCUAAGCGGCCAGUUCUUCGAUAGUGCCUUUGAUGAAAUUGGCAGUAAUAAUGCCAAAGUCUUACCAGUUGGUAUAUCAGACAAUCUGGAUAAGGAGCAGCUGAAGCUCCUAGCCGGCCCAAACAGCGUGAUAUAUGCUGAAGACUACAACUUGCUGUUGAGUCACCUCUCUGAACUGGCUAGUCAGACUUGUCCUCCAACACAGACAACGACAUCUACGUCUCCUACUACAUCUACAACACCGCCACAGACGACUACUGUAACAACGACGUCUCCUACUACAUCUCCACCAUCCAAUUGCGGUCAACAAGAUAUUGUCUUCUUGAUCGACUCUUCCGGCAGCAUCUCGAAAGCAAACUUUGAUGCCAUGAAAGAAUUUAUCAUUGCUUUGAUGGAAAGGAUUGGUGGAUACGGCGACAAUGGAAUCAGGGUCGCUGUCGUCGUGUUUGCCAAAUAUACUAACCUCAAGACAGAAUUUGGACUUGACGAGUACAAUACCAUGCAGGAAGUCAUUGAUGCCAUACGUGCCAUAGCUCAGUUCUCCCCAGGACAGACGACCCAUCUCUACCAUGCCAUUGCGACAUCUCUUCCUGAACUUAUGGAAAAGAAGCGAGACGGAGCACAAGUCAUAUUGAUCAUACUCACUGACGGGAAGGCGAAAGAUCAAUUUGUCCUAAGCGGCCAGUUCUUCGAUAGUGCCUUUGAGGAAAUUGGCAGUAAUAAUGCCAAAGUCUUACCAGUUGGUAUAUCAGACAAUCUGGAUAAGGAGCAGCUGAAGCUCCUAGCCGGCCCAAACAGCGUGAUAUAUGCUGAAGACUACAACUUGCUGUUGAGUCACCUCUCUGAACUGGCUAGUCAGACUUGUCCUCCAACACAGACAACGACAUCUACGUCUCCUACUACAUCUACAACACCGCCACAGACGACUACUGUAACAACGACGUCUCCUACUACAUCUCCACCAUCCAAUUGCGGUCAACAAGAUAUUGUCUUCUUGAUCGACUCUUCCGGCAGCAUCUCGAAAGCAAACUUUGAUGCCAUGAAAGAAUUUAUCAUUGCUUUGAUGGAAAGGAUUGGUGGAUACGGCGACAAUGGAAUCAGGGUCGCUGUCGUCGUGUUUGCCAAAUAUACUAACCUCAAGACAGAAUUUGGACUUGACGAGUACAAUACCAUGCAGGAAGUCAUUGAUGCCAUACGUGCCAUAGCUCAGUUCUCCCCAGGACAGACGACCCAUCUCUACCAUGCCAUUGCGACAUCUCUUCCUGAACUUAUGGAAAAGAAGCGAGACGGAGCACAAGUCAUAUUGAUCAUACUCACUGACGGGAAGGCGAAAGAUCAAUUUGUCCUAAGCGGCCAGUUCUUCGAUAGUGCCUUUGAGGAAAUUGGCAGUAAUAAUGCCAAAGUCUUACCAGUUGGUAUAUCAGACAAUCUGGAUAAGGAGCAGCUGAAGCUCCUAGCCGGCCCAAACAGCGUGAUAUAUGCUGAAGACUACAACUUGCUGUUGAGUCACCUCUCUGAACUGGCUAGUCAGACUUGUCCUCCAACACAGACAACGACAUCUACGUCUCCUACUACAUCUACAACACCGCCACAGACGACUACUGUAACAACGACGUCUCCUACUACAUCUCCACCAUCCAAUUGCGGUCAACAAGAUAUUGUCUUCUUGAUCGACUCUUCCGGCAGCAUCUCGAAAGCAAACUUUGAUGCCAUGAAAGAAUUUAUCAUUGCUUUGAUGGAAAGGAUUGGUGGAUACGGCGACAAUGGAAUCAGGGUCGCUGUCGUCGUGUUUGCCAAAUAUACUAACCUCAAGACAGAAUUUGGACUUGACGAGUACAAUACCAUGCAGGAAGUCAUUGAUGCCAUACGUGCCAUAGCUCAGUUCUCUCCAGGACAGACGACCCAUCUCUACCAUGCCAUUGCGACAUCUCUUCCUGAACUUAUGGAAAAGAAGCGAGACGGAGCACAAGUCAUAUUGAUCAUACUCACUGACGGGAAGGCGAAAGAUCAAUUUGUCCUAAGCGGCCAGUUCUUCGAUAGUGCCUUUGAGGAAAUUGGCAGUAAUAAUGCCAAAGUCUUACCAGUUGGUAUAUCAGACAAUCUGGAUAAGGAGCAGCUGAAGCUCCUAGCCGGCCCAAACAGCGUGAUAUAUGCUGAAGACUACAACUUGCUGUUGAGUCACCUCUCUGAACUGGCUAGUCAGACUUGUCCUCCAACACAGACAACGACAUCUACGUCUCCUACUACAUCUACAACACCGCCACAGACGACUACUGUAACAACGACGUCUCCUACUACAUCUCCACCAUCCAAUUGCGGUCAACAAGAUAUUGUCUUCUUGAUCGACUCUUCCGGCAGCAUCUCGAAAGCAAACUUUGAUGCCAUGAAAGAAUUUAUCAUUGCUUUGAUGGAAAGGAUUGGUGGAUACGGCGACAAUGGAAUCAGGGUCGCUGUCGUCGUGUUUGCCAAAUAUACUAACCUGAAGACAGAAUUUGGACUUGACGAGUACAAUACCAUGCAGGAAGUCAUUGAUGCCAUACGUGCCAUAGCUCAGUUCUCUCCAGGACAGACGACCCAUCUCUACCAUGCCAUUGCGACAUCUCUUCCUGAACUUAUGGAAAAGAAGCGAGACGGAGCACAAGUCAUAUUGAUCAUACUCACUGACGGGAAGGCGAAAGAUCAAUUUGUCCUAAGCGGCCAGUUCUUCGAUAGUGCCUUUGAGGAAAUUGGCAGUAAUAAUGCCAAAGUCUUACCAGUUGGUAUAUCAGACAAUCUGGAUAAGGAGCAGCUGAAGCUCCUAGCCGGCCCAAACAGCGUGAUAUAUGCUGAAGACUACAACUUGCUGUUGAGUCACCUCUCUGAACUGGCUAGUCAGACUUGUCCUCCAACACAGACAACGACAUCUACGUCUCCUACUACAUCUACAACACCGCCACAGACGACUACUGUAACAACGACGUCUCCUACUACAUCUCCACCAUCCAAUUGCGGUCAACAAGAUAUUGUCUUCUUGAUCGACUCUUCCGGCAGCAUCUCGAAAGCAAACUUUGAUGCCAUGAAAGAAUUUAUCAUUGCUUUGAUGGAAAGGAUUGGUGGAUACGGCGACAAUGGAAUCAGGGUCGCUGUCGUCGUGUUUGCCAAAUAUACUAACCUGAAGACAGAAUUUGGACUUGACGAGUACAAUACCAUGCAGGAAGUCAUUGAUGCCAUACGUGCCAUAGCUCAGUUCUCUCCAGGACAGACGACCCAUCUCUACCAUGCCAUUGCGACAUCUCUUCCUGAACUUAUGGAAAAGAAGCGAGACGGAGCACAAGUCAUAUUGAUCAUACUCACUGACGGGAAGGCGAAAGAUCAAUUUGUCCUAAGCGGCCAGUUCUUCGAUAGUGCCUUUGAGGAAAUUGGCAGUAAUAAUGCCAAAGUCUUACCAGUUGGUAUAUCAGACAAUCUGGAUAAGGAGCAGCUGAAGCUCCUAGCCGGCCCAAACAGCGUGAUAUAUGCUGAAGACUACAACUUGCUGUUGAGUCACCUCUCUGAACUGGCUAGUCAGACUUGUCCUCCAACACAGACAACGACAUCUACGUCUCCUACUACAUCUACAACACCGCCACAGACGACUACCGUAACAACGACGUCUCCUACUACAUCUCCACCAUCCAAUUGCGGUCAACAAGAUAUUGUCUUCUUGAUCGACUCUUCCGGCAGCAUCUCGAAAGCAAACUUUGAUGCCAUGAAAGAAUUUAUCAUUGCUUUGAUGGAAAGGAUUGGUGGAUACGGCGACAAUGGAAUCAGGGUCGCUGUCGUCGUGUUUGCCAAAUAUACUAACCUCAAGACAGAAUUUGGACUUGACGAGUACAAUACCAUGCAGGAAGUCAUUGAUGCCAUACGUGCCAUAGCUCAGUUCUCUCCAGGACAGACGACCCAUCUCUACCAUGCCAUUGCGACAUCUCUUCCUGAACUUAUGGAAAAGAAGCGAGACGGAGCACAAGUCAUAUUGAUCAUACUCACUGACGGGAAGGCGAAAGAUCAAUUUGUCCUAAGCGGCCAGUUCUUCGAUAGUGCCUUUGAGGAAAUUGGCAGUAAUAAUGCCAAAGUCUUACCAGUUGGUAUAUCAGACAAUCUGGAUAAGGAGCAGCUGAAGCUCCUAGCCGGCCCAAACAGCGUGAUAUAUGCUGAAGACUACAACUUGCUGUUGAGUCACCUCUCUGAACUGGCUAGUCAGACUUGUCCUCCAACACAGACAACGACAUCUACGUCUCCUACUACAUCUACAACACCGCCACAGACGACUACUGUAACAACGACGUCUCCUACUACAUCUCCACCAUCCAAUUGCGGUCAACAAGAUAUUGUCUUCUUGAUCGACUCUUCCGGCAGCAUCUCGAAAGCAAACUUUGAUGCCAUGAAAGAAUUUAUCAUUGCUUUGAUGGAAAGGAUUGGUGGAUACGGCGACAAUGGAAUCAGGGUCGCUGUCGUCGUGUUUGCCAAAUAUACUAACCUCAAGACAGAAUUUGGACUUGACGAGUACAAUACCAUGCAGGAAGUCAUUGAUGCCAUACGUGCCAUAGCUCAGUUCUCUCCAGGACAGACGACCCAUCUCUACCAUGCCAUUGCGACAUCUCUUCCUGAACUUAUGGAAAAGAAGCGAGACGGAGCACAAGUCAUAUUGAUCAUACUCACUGACGGGAAGGCGAAAGAUCAAUUUGUCCUAAGCGGCCAGUUCUUCGAUAGUGCCUUUGAGGAAAUUGGCAGUAAUAAUGCCAAAGUCUUACCAGUUGGUAUAUCAGACAAUCUGGAUAAGGAGCAGCUGAAGCUCCUAGCCGGCCCAAACAGCGUGAUAUAUGCUGAAGACUACAACUUGCUGUUGAGUCACCUCUCUGAACUGGCUAGUCAGACUUGUCCUCCAACACAGACAACGACAUCUACGUCUCCUACUACAUCUACAACACCGCCACAGACGACUACCGUAACAACGACGUCUCCUACUACAUCUCCACCAUCCAAUUGCGGUCAACAAGAUAUUGUCUUCUUGAUCGACUCUUCCGGCAGCAUCUCGAAAGCAAACUUUGAUGCCAUGAAAGAAUUUAUCAUUGCUUUGAUGGAAAGGAUUGGUGGAUACGGCGACAAUGGAAUCAGGGUCGCUGUCGUCGUGUUUGCCAAAUAUACUAACCUCAAGACAGAAUUUGGACUUGACGAGUACAAUACCAUGCAGGAAGUCAUUGAUGCCAUACGUGCCAUAGCUCAGUUCUCUCCAGGACAGACGACCCAUCUCUACCAUGCCAUUGCGACAUCUCUUCCUGAACUUAUGGAAAAGAAGCGAGACGGAGCACAAGUCAUAUUGAUCAUACUCACUGACGGGAAGGCGAAAGAUCAAUUUGUCCUAAGCGGCCAGUUCUUCGAUAGUGCCUUUGAGGAAAUUGGCAGUAAUAAUGCCACAGUCUUACCAGUUGGUAUAUCAGACAAUCUGGAUAAGGAGCAGCUGAAGCUCCUAGCCGGCCCAAACAGCGUGAUAUAUGCUGAAGACUACAACUUGCUGUUGAGUCACCUCUCUGAGCUGGCUGGUCAGACAUGCGCCGCCAAUUAGUGGGAUUGUCUUGCCAACCACACAAGAUGUCACGACGACCGAUCUGCCAAUGGACUCCGGAGAUAAUAUUAUAGUCAUUAGCAAUAACUUUGAAUGACACGCCUGUCUUGUGUCAGCAGCCAAACUCAGAUGCGUGGCCAGGAGAUUUGGGAACGAGCUGUCAUCUAUGAAUCAGUAUUUGUAGAUAAAAGUUUAAAUUCAAAUUCGAAAACUUCCUGUUCAAACAAACGUCAGUAUGUGUGAUAAACCCUGUUCCCUAUCGAAAGAAGGCUUUUAACUACACAUGUAUAAGCAAGAUUCUUGGUAUAAGGCAACGUGCAUGCUGAUCAACCGUGGUUGUGCGGAUACUUUAGGACUGAUAUUCACCGCCGAUAAGUCGGCAUGGGCAAGGUGGUAUAAUUAUUGCUCCAGUACAGUUGUAGCCUUUUCGUGCAUAACGGUGUACUUCAAGCUGGAUUCUAAAAUCCGACCAAAGUUAUAAUUUCACCACUCUACUUUACUACACGAAAAUUGCAGCCUGUGCGCCAAGCAUCAUUUGGAAAGUAAUUAAGUGUUAACUCCACGUAAAAUCAGUGGUGUGAUCGAUAUUUUCCGCAUUUCCAACCAAUCCCAUUUUUCUCAUCCAUGGCCACGCCUUUUUUGGUACCAGCAGCUUGAUACUUGGAGGUACUUCUUCUGACUGAUCCUGGACUACAUGAAUGCCAUCGUCUCAAAAUGAAGAGGACCACUGACAGUCUUGACACAGCUCUUGGUUUUUAGACAAUAUCCUGUUGAUUUCUUUAAAUGGUCACAUUGCCAAGCAAGCAACACAUGCAUGAUCCUUGCAUACAAUUCCUUAUUUUUGAGGGCCGACGAUUCUGGUAAAACUAUGGAUGCAUUUUGAUCACAAAAGAUAUUUCUAUUCUUCGUACAAUUCAAGAAACAUAUUGAAAUGUCUUGCUGUCUUCGUGAUUGUUCAAGCUGCAAAAACAUUCUGUAAGGGUUGGUUUCCACUGCACGAGAUUGCGACAACACUGCAACCAAACACCCAAUCUGCGCUAACGCAUGCCAUGUGCGAUUCAAGUAAAACCGCGUUCAGUGGAAACUUACCCAGAGUCGAAGUCAAAUCGUGUGUUGUAGUACGUUGUACCAUGCAUUGUAACUUAGUCUAAUCUCUUUACACUUCUAAAUGAAAUUUCUUGAGUUUCAGUUAGCAGGGCGCCCCUUCUAAUAAGGCAAGAAAAGAAAAAGCGGUAUUGUCACCGACCUUAUAGAAGUGUAAAGAGAGCAUUAUGAUAGAUGUAAUCAUUUUGAAGGCAUUGGCUCUUUUCGCAGUGUCGAAUGGCACGGUAUACACAACUAUGAUGUGUGACCGACUCUUCACCUGUAGGAUAAUUAUUAAAGCACCACAAAACCAUAAA